GAUGGAACAAAGUGAGGGAAGGGAGGAAGAGAGAGUUACUAAUUCAUAGGAGAUUCUCAAUUCUGGCCCCUCCUAUCCCUACAUAACCAAGAUGGAGGCUCUAGACCAUACUCUGCUACUUACCACUCUCUUUCUUCUGCUGGCCUCCUUCAGCCCCAUUGCUGCUCAGGAGGAUGGCAUUGACAUCUACAGUCUCACCAUGGACUCCAGGAUCACAUCACGAUUUGCCCACACCACCAUCACCAGCCAUGUGGUCAAUAAGGCUGAACAAGCCCAAGAGGCCACCUUCCAAGUGGAGAUGCCCCUGACAGCCUUCAUCACCAAUUUCUCCAUGAUCAUCGAUGGUGUGACAUACCCAGGGGAGAUCAAGGAGAAGGCAGCUGCCCAGGAGAAGUAUGGCUCAGCUGUAGCCAGGGGGCAGAGUGCUCGCAUCAUCAGGGCCACAGGGAGGAAUCUGGAGCAGUUCCAGGUGUCUGUCAAUGUGGCCCCAACUGCCAAUGCCACCUUUGAGCUGGUCUAUGAGGAGCUGUUGAAGAGGCAUCUGGGGAAAUAUGAGCUAAUGCUGAAGGUCCGGCCCCGACAGCUGGUCAAACACCUGCAGGUAGAUGUCCACAUCUUUGAGCCUCAGGGCAUCAGCUCCCUGGACACCGAGAUUGCCUUUAUGACCAAGGAUCUGGCAGAUGCUCUCACCACGACACAGAACAAAACCAAGGCUCACAUAAUGUUCAAGCCCUCUGUGGCCCAGCAGCAGAAGGAGCCCGGGAAGCUGGACACAAUUCUGGAUGGUAACUUCAUUGUCCAUUAUGACGUGGACCGAACCGCCGUUGCAGGGGACAUCCAGAUCGAGAAUGGAUACUUCGUGCAUCACUUUGCCCCAAGAGAGUUGCCCCCGUUGCCCAAGAAUAUGGUCUUCGUAAUCGACAAGAGUGGAUCCAUGGCUGGCAAGAAGAUGAAGAAGACCAGAAUGGCCCUACUAAAGAUCAUGGAUGAUCUCAAACCAGAGGAUCAUUUCAACUUGGUUGCCUUCAGUGGACGAGUAAUCCCGUGGAAGCCAAUGUUGCUUCAGGCCUCUAAAGAACACCUGGAAUCAGCCAAGAUGUUUCUGACUAAUACCCAAGCCCUGGGUGCAACUAACAUCAAUGAGGCCGUCCUUGUGGCUGUGACAAUGCUGGAUGAGAGCAACAGGAAGAAGCAGCUGCCAACAGGGAGUGUCUCCAUGGUCAUCCUGCUCACCGAUGGGGAUCCCACUGAGGGGGAGACAAAAUUGUGGAAGAUUAAGAACAAUGUGAAGGCAGCCGUAGGGGGCCGAUACCACUUCUAUUGCCUGGGCCUUGGCUCUGAUACCAACUAUGCCUUUCUGGAGAAGCUGGCCUUGGACAAUGGUGGGAUGGCCCGGCGCAUCUAUGAGAACUCGGAUGCUAACCUGCAGCUCCAGGACUUUUACCAGGAAGUGGCUAAUCCGCUACUGACCACGGUGAAGUUCCAGUACCCAGACAAUGCCGUGGAGCUGCUUACACAGGACAACUUCAGGGUCUUCUUCAAAGGCUCGGAGCUAGUGGUGGCUGGGAAGCUCAUGCCCCAGGCCCCGGACCUGCUUUUAGCCCAAGUCAGGGGCCAGUCGAACACCCAGGAUGUCAACUUCCAAACAGAAGUGAAUGUUGUGAACAAGGAGAAAGUCUUCCAGGGCCCAAAGUACAUUUCCCAGAGCUUCAUGGAGCGCCUGUGGGCAUACCUGACCAUCCAGCAGCUGCUGGAGAAAGCUGUUUCAGCCUCGGGUACUGAACAGCAGAGCCUGGAGGCCAGGGCUGUGGACCUUUCCCUCAAUUUCAGCUUUGUCACUCCACUCACCUGUAUGGUAGUCAACCAGCCUAAUAGCCAGGGCCAGCCCCAGUUGGCUAUGAAGUCUGUGGAAAUAGAUCAUGAAGAGCUGAAAAUGGAACAACCAACGAGACUAGGCAGAACGAAAUUUCAAAGAAGGAAGAUCAUUCUCCAGGAACCAACUGAACUAAAGUCCCGGUCGACUCCUUUAGAAGAUGUCUUACCAGGGGCCUCUAAGCCACUGCCAAGGGAGAUUCCAAUACCUCAUACCUCUGUUCCUCUGGAAGAAUCUUUGAAGUCAACGGAAAGGGCCCCUCACUUCAUUUUGUCACUAUUUGCACCAAAAACCCACAAAGAGUUUUUGUGUGUGGAUCUCAAAGGAUCACCCUUUAGGCCACUAAGUCUGAUGUCUGAUCCAGUACAAGGUAUUGAGGUGACUGGCCAUUAUAAGGACUUUCUGGAUACGUUUUCCUGGCUCCAGGUGAGCUACAAGACUCCUGAAAUACAGGUGUAUGUGACUCAGUACAACAUCAUAGUGAUUCAUGGCCGUGGUCAACAUGGAAAAAGCAACUCUUAUCAGUGGCAGGAGACAUUCUUCUUGGGGUUUCCUGGGCUGAAGAUAAUCUUGGAAAAUCAUGUCAUGUUGCUCAUUGCCCCAGAAAAAGUCACCAUCGGUCUGGUGUGCUUGAGUCAUCUCACUCCUGGACUCCAUCUCUUUCUGCAGAAUCCAGUUCACUUUUCUGAGAAAGUCAGUGGAAUCCUUGGUCAGUUUUAUCAGCAGUUGUACUGCCUUUCCUUGGAAGAUAACAAGAUGGAGCUGACAGUAAUGGGAAAGACAUAUACAAUCACCAGAAAGUCCAUGCUGGAUUACCAAAAUGGAGAAAGAAGCACCCCAAUGCCAACGUUGCAGUGCUGGUCCCUGGAACAAUCUUUAUAAGAUGGAAAAAACUUCAUAGACAAUAAAUAACAUGUAUUUCCCCGUUCUGCCUCACAUACCUGGCCCAGAUCAGCCAAGAGCUGCUACUUGGGGCCAGGAUGUGAGAUGCUAUAAAGCAGAGGAUAUGGGUCAACAUU